UCUCUCUCAGUUCAUCUGCUCUCCUCCUAACCAAGCGCCAAAGCUGAAAGGCAUUCCCUUCUCUCUACUUGUCGUCUACAGUGAGAUCGGUGGUAUUUUUCAAUCGGAAGUUUAUUAGGCUACUAUGUGAACAUUCAUAGACUAGACUAGACUAGACUUAGACUAGACUAGUAGGAAAAUCGACAAGUUGUUUGUUUGCUUGGUAGGAUGAUGUAUGUAUGAUGUAUUUAAAAUUCUACUUUCACUGGCUUCGAUCUAAUUUUUGCUUCUGAUCGUUUACGUCCGAGUUAUGGAUUGGUGCUAUAUUUAACAUAUAUACCAGGUCCAACACGAGAGACAAUCCUUAGUACUUUAGUUGGAUCAUUCAUUUUCAUGUGUAGUGUAGGAGGAGGUUUCCGCAAUUUCAUUUGCCUUGUAGCUAGCGUAUGUGUGGUUACUUUGAUUCACAAACCUCGAUUUAUCUUAACAAAGACUUCUUUUUGUUUGUUUGUUUGUUUGGUACUAGGAUAAAAAAAAAAAAGGAAACAUGGAAUCGAGCAGAGGAGGAGGUGGAAUCCAGCAGUUGCUUGCUGCUGAACAAGAAGCUCAACACAUUGUCAAUGCUGCCAGGACCGCCAAGAUGGCAAGGCUGAAGCAAGCCAAGGAAGAGGCUGAGAGAGAAAUUGCUGAGUUUAAAACUAAAACUGAGCAAGACUUCCAGAGGAAACUCGAGGAGACAAGUGGAGACUCGGGUGCGAAUGUGAAGAGGCUGGAGCAAGAGACUGAUGCUAAAAUCGAACAGCUCAGGAACGAAGCUUCCAGGAUUUCCAAUGAUGUUGUCCAGAUGCUCCUCAAACAUGUCACCACUGUCAACAACUGAGAAAGAUUUAUUUAUUCAUCAAGAAAGAGGUUUCUAAGCUGUUCGCAAACUCAUUUCCGCUCUCAUUUGUCGCUAUGACUUGUUUAUUUAUUAUCUGCUCUCUUUUUAUUCUCUUCUUGUUGUUGUAUUUAUAAUAAUGCCAUUGGGGUUGUAAUAAUGUUUACAUUGUCUGUUAGUCAAAAUGCAUCUCCAUUCUUUUGGGGAUUUAGUUUCUUACAA